AUGGCCUCUAUUCGCGUUCUUUCCUUCGAUGCUGAGGGCCGUCCCGUGCAGUUCACUUCCUGGCUCGACGACCUGCAGUUGUAUCUUAUGAGCAAUAGCACGGACCACAUCUCCCUCUAUGACUACGCGUCUGGUGCUGCCGCUGCUCCUGCUGCCACAGCCGAGCUUAGUGUACGUUCCCAGUGGCAGACUCGUGACGCUCCAGCUCGCCUGGCUAUUCGCAUGCACCUGCCGUUACCUGAGCUAGAGCACUUUGGCGACUGCAAAACCGCUAAAGCCCUAUAUGACGCUGUCGUCGCUCGCUACUCCUCACCUGCCACAGCCGAGCUUAGCCGUCUCAUGCUGCCUUACCUGUUCCCUGAGCUGUCCGCCUUUGCUACAGUCGCCGAUCUUAUCACCCACCUUCGCACUAGUGAUGCUCGCCUGCGUGCUGCCCUUCCCACCGAGUUCUGCGCUAAGAACCCCCCUCCCCUGUACUGGGCACUCCACUUCAUAGUCACCCGUCUCCCUGACACCCUCAGCUCAGUGCGCGACUAUUUCCUUGCUCGCUGUCCCACUGAGCUCACUGUCGCCCUCCUAGAGGAGAAGCUGCUAGCAGCCGAGAAGAGCAUUGUAGCUGUAGGUGCUGCUCGCGGCGCUCCUCGCACCCCCAUCUUUGAGGGGUGUUCUCCCUCUCCCCUCGCUCCCUCCUACGCUACUGCUGCUGCUGUUGACUUCCUUGGUGCUGAGUCUGCUGGCGCUGCUUCUGCUCCUGGUGGGAGGCGCCGCACCGGCAAGGGCAAGGGGGGCAAGGGUGGCGGGGGUGGCGCUGGGGGGGGAGGGGGUGGGGGAGGUGGGGGGGGAGGCGGUGCUGGAGGGAGCGGUGGCGGGAGUGCCGGUGGGAGUGGGGCCGGCGGCGGAGGCGGGGGCGGCGGCGGGAGCAGUGGCGGUGGUGGCAGCGGCGGCAGUGGCGGCGGUGGCGGUAGUGGCGGUGGCGGUGGCGGUGGUGGCGGUCGGAGCGGAGGUAGUGGCGGCGGUGGAGGUCGGAGUGGAGGCACCGGCUCGGGCCAGAGCUCCCAGCAGCAGCAGCGUCCCCAGUCGACCCAGCAGCUUCGUGAGUGGCUUGCUCAGCGUGGGACGUCGGGGGGCAGUGGCCGCUGUUCCUAUGUCAUUCGCACAGGUGAUCGCAAGGGACAGACGUGUGGGAGGUUUCACACCCCGUACCGCUGCUUCUUCCGCCUUGACGACGCUUGGCGUGAGGAGAUGGGCGAGGAUGUUGAGCGCCCUCGCUGGGCUGAGCUGAUGAGGGCUGGGGUAUAG